AGCCAGCAGCGACUCAUUCAAAGCUCUGACUUCGUUGCGUGAACACAGGUCUGCCUGUUCCUAUACAAUAACUUCUGUGGAUUACGCGAGUUUGCAUCGAGAAUCAAGAGACUGCGAGACAUGGUGCUAGAGAUGGAAAUGUCCAAGACUUAUCAGUACCGCAAGGUGAUGAAGCCCAUGCUGGAGAGGAAGCGUCGGGCGCGUAUCAACAAGUGCCUGGACGAGCUGAAGGACAUCAUGGUGGAGUGCCUCACACAGGAGGGCGAGCAUAUCACACGGCUGGAGAAGGCCGACAUCCUCGAGCUGACCGUGGAGCACAUGAAGAAACUGCGAGCCCAGAAGCAGCUGCGUCUGUCCAGUGUUGCCGCCGGUGGAGGAGUCUCAGCUGGAGCCGAUCCCAAGCUGAGCAUUGCCGAGAGCUUCCGCGCUGGCUAUGUUCAUGCAGCCAACGAGGUCUCCAAGACGCUGGCCGCUGUGCCCGGAGUGAGUGUGGAUUUGGGCACUCAGCUGAUGAGCCACCUGGGCCAUCGCCUCAACUACCUGCAAGUGGUGGUGCCAUCGCUGCCCAUUGGAGUGCCUCUUCAAGCUCAAGCUGAGGAUCAAACCAUGGUCACACCGCCGCCUUCGGAAUGCGGCAGCCUGGAGAGCGGUGCCUGCAGUCCGGCGCCCAGCGAGGCCAGCUCUACAUCCGGACCUAUGUGGCGUCCCUGGUGAAAGGUGCUAUCGGUCCGAACUGGACCUGGAACUGAAUUGCCUUCGAGCGGAAGGCUUCUACAAAACGCCACCCCGUCCCGUGAAGGGGGUCAUCUUCAAAGAGGUGCUGGAACCGUCACACCUUGGAGCUAGAGCUUGGCUGUUGGCCGGGAUUGGUUCCCCCCAGCAGCCUGGACUGUGCUCUCUAGCAGAGCCUUCAAUUCCGGCUAUAGAGAGUGCUCAAGCUGCUUAAAGAAAAUGCAAAACUGAAAACUGAAAUCAAAAUAAGAAAUAAAAAAUCUUUAAAAAUCAAAA